AUGGUUAUUAUAAAAAGUUUAUUUCUGGAAGCGAUCAAUCGACCGAUUAUUUAUCAAUCAAUUGUAUCGUUUACUUUUGUUUUAUUGACUACAUUAUUAUUUUUAUUUCUUAAUAAAAUACAACCGGACCACUACAUUGACGAAGUUUUUCAUAUUCCUCAAACAAAAAAAUACUGCAAUGGUUCCUUUUUUGAGUGGGACAAAAAAAUCACGACACUUCCCGGACUUUAUAUACUAUCAGCAAUAAUAUUAGCGCCGUUUCAGCUAUGUACCACAAUAUACUUACGUAGUAUUAAUCUAGCCGGUACAUGUAUUAAUUUGUAUCUAAUAUACCAAAUAUUGAGUACAAAAAAAUGGGUACAAAAAUGCAAAGCUGAAAAUAGAACUUGGUUACCGUUCAUGGUAUCAAUAAGUGUAACACUGUUACCACCACUGUAUUUUUGGCAUUUUCUAUAUUAUACUGACGUUUUAUCUGUAAACUUAGUCUUAAUGAUGUUUUUGUUACAUCAACGCCAAUAUUAUAAAAAUUCUGCGAUCAUAGGUGCCUUGGCAAUUUUAGCGAGACAAACAAAUAUUAUAUGGUUAAUAUUACUCAUGGGUGAAAGAGUUUUGACCAUAAUUGAAGCCGAAACUCCACAGAGUAUAUCAGCAUUACAGGAUAGAGGGAUCCAUGGAACGUCAAUCCACGCAAGGUUAAUCUGGAAUAAUGUUCGACAUUAUGUUCAACGUGGGAUCGGUCCAUUUGGAUCAUUUGUGAUGCGUAUAAUCUCAUAUUUAAAGUAUCAAUUAACAGUAAUCCUACUAUUUGUAGCAUUUGUUAUAUGGAAUAGAGGCAUUGUAUUAGGAGAUCGUAGCGCUCAUGUAGCAACAAUUCAUCUGCCUCAGAUGUUUUAUUUCUCCAUUUUUACUUUGGCAUUCUCCUGGCCUUAUAUGCUGCCACAUGUCAAAUCGUUCAUACAAUGGAUCUGCAAACACUGGAUCAUCACAGGCUUAUGUUUAGCAAUUGUGACAGCGAUUGUUCACAGUAAUACGCUAGUACAUCCGUAUUUGUUAGCUGACAAUAGACAUUACGUUUUUUAUAUGUGGAACAGAUUUAUAGGACGUUAUUACUUUGCCAAAUACGCUUUAAUACCUUUAUAUGGAUUUGCAAUCUACGCCACGGUGAUGUGUCUCCAGGAUAUGAGAUACUUGUCAAAAGUGUUAUAUGCAGGGUGCAUCGCUGUUGUUUUGAUACCACAAUUAUUACUAGAACCUCGUUACUUUAUAAUACCGUACAUAUUAGUACGUUUGAGCUUGCCAGAACCAAAAUUAUGGCAGAUUUCUUUGGAAUUAAUGACAACUUUAGUUAUUAACUUUCUACAAUUUUAUAUAUUCGUUACUAAAACUUUUUAUUGGACUGACCAAGAAGGUCCACAGCGGUUAUCAUGGUGA